AAUUGAACUACUUUUUUCUUUUGGUAGAGGGGAUAACGUAUCGUGUUCGUCCAACUUCAUGUUUUGUGUUUAUAACUUGUCAUAUGAUAUAUUCUAGUAAUUGAUGCAUUUAAAGAUACAUUACGAAUCGAUCAUUUAUUUACAGUCAAUAUAUUAUUAUUUAAAAUCAAGAAUAAGCUCACUGAACAAAAUUCUGUAACAAUAGAAGUAAAGAAACUAAAGAAAACGAAGGGUAUAAUACAUGAAAUUUUAACAGAAAAUUACAAAAUAUUACAAUCGAAUUUUCAUUUUUAAAAUAUUUCUACAUUUUAACAAAUGACUGUGGAUGGUACUAACAGCAACGAGCAAGUUAUUCUUGUAACAGGUGGUUAUGAUCAUACAAUCAAAAUAUGGCAACCUCAUACUGGAGUUUGUCAACGUACUGCGGAACACACAGAUUCGCAAGUUAAUGCUUUAGAUAUUACUCCUGAUAAAUAUUUGAUAGCUGCUGCUGGAUAUCAACAUAUAAGAAUGUAUGAUUUAGUUUCAAACAAUCCAAAUCCAAUUAUUAAUUAUGAAGGAGUAUCAAAAAAUAUUACAGGCUUGGGUUUUCAGGAAGAAGGUAAAUGGAUGUAUACAGGUGGUGAAGAUUGUUCAGCUCGGAUUUGGGAUCUCAGGUCAAGUAGUUUUCAAUGCCAACGAAUAUUUCAAGUAUCAGCUCCUGUAAAUUGUGUUUGUUUGCAUCCUAAUCAAGCAGAACUUAUUGUUGGUGAUCAAAGUGGUGUUAUACAUUUAUGGGAUCUACGAUCAGAUCAUAAUGAACAAUUGAUACCAGAAGCCGAAGCAUCUGUGCAAGAUGUUGCAAUUGAUCAAGAUGGUACAUAUAUGGCAGCAGUAAACAACAAAGGUCAUUGUUAUAUUUGGACGCUCACAGGAGGAGUAGGUGAUGAACCUACGCGUCUUAAUCCUCGUCACAAACUUUCAGCGCAUAAACGUUAUGCGCUUCGAUGUAAAUUUAGUCCUGAUUCCACACUUUUAGUAACUACGUCCGCUGAUCAGACUGCUCGAGUUUGGAAAACUACGGAUUUUUCUGAAGUACAAGUACUUCAACAUGAAGCAAAACGAUGGGUCUGGGAUGCUGCAUUUAGCGCAGAUUCACAAUAUAUAUUUACCGCUUCGUCCGAUGGUGUUGCAAGAUUAUGGAAUGUAUCAACAGGAGCAGUAGAACGAGAAUAUCAGGGCCAUCAAAAAGCAGUCACUGCUCUUGCUUUUCGUGACGAAGUACUUUCUGUUUCCUAAACGAAUGAUAUAUUUCUUCAAAUUUUUAAAUAAAAUAUCGCAUUUGUACAUUUUUAAUAAUGAAGAAUAUCAUUUCAACUUUAAAUUUAUAAUACACUAUCUGUAUUUUCGUAUUUUUGUUUGUUUGUUUGUUUAUUUGUGCCUUUCUUUUUUUUUUCUAUUUUUCAAUUAUUAUAUUUAUUUUGAUCUUUAUUGUAUAUGAUUAUAAUAUUCUCUCAUGUAUUUCGAUCUUAAAAUAGAUUUGUUGAUAUUUUCGUUUAUGUAAAUCACAACAUGACUUAUAAAUAUCUACAUAACAUUAAUAUUAUCUCAGAAUAUAAUAAUAAAGAUAAAACUGUAAUUACAAUCUGAGAAAUA